CUGCAGCAUUUUACAACAGUACACGUGACAAUUUACAAAUCACAACGGGUACUGUUGUAAAAGGGAGUCUGGCUUUGCAUUUUGAGUAAGGCUCAGUUUGGAAGGAGUACAACAAAUACAUCUUCUUCCAAACUGAGUUUAAGGGGCAAACGGAUUGGUUGAAAAAAAGAGGGAGUGUGGGGCCCUUCGCCCUUGUAACUAGCCACUUGUCUUAUUCCCAGAGUUUUCAUUGGUACGUGGACUAGUGUUGUCAGCACAAAACAUAGAAGCUCCCCCAGUACAAGAGAAUUUCAUUACUUUUUGGCAUGGGAUAGUUUCUUUUAGAUCCUCCCCACCUAAUGGCUAAUGAGACUACUCAUUCAGACGUUACUUGCAGGGAACUAACCAAUAGAUUAUAUAUGUGCAUGCUUAUCUUUUUGACUUGUUUUUCCUCUCAAGAAUCUUCACUGUACUACUUCUUCAUUCACUUUUUCAGGUCCUUAAAUAUUAACCCUACAGCUUACGAUAACAGGUGCUUAAACACCACACCAGAGUUACGCCAUGGCUUUUUGCUGCAUUCCUGAUGUAUGGUCCUGGAUUCAUAACCUCCCACCCAUCACCCAAUGGAGAUCAAACUCCACCUCCAUUUGCAUCUGUUCCUCAUCAAGAUCAACCCAACCAUCCCUCCAUCUCUCCAUAACCAGAAACCUUCAUGGUUCAUUUGUUUCCUUCUCUAUUGUUGCGGAUUUCAAGCUUCCCGUCUCUCUCUGGACCUCAAAAUCAUUUAAACUAAGCACCAAGACACUAGAGUCAUUAGACGAGGAGAUCGUUUUCAAUCUGUUCUUCAAUAUCAUUAAUGCCUUCCUCAGCUAUGGCCCCAACAAGAGCAACUCCUUUGUCAACAUCCCUACAUUAGGAACCGUUGGCAAUUUCAAGGACAUCUUCAAUCUUGCUUUCCUCUCUCUCACCUUCCUUAUAUGCAUCUAUGAAGCCCCCGGAGAUCUCAGAUCAGGAUGCCUCAACUCCCUAAGGAAUAACUUGAGCAGCUCACAGUCGAACGAAGCAUCCAAGCUACUCAUGAGGCUCCUAGGCCCCAACUUAGAAGAGCAAUGGAUGCGAUCACUAAACCUUGCCAUAACUAAUUGGAUCAUAGAGCUGAAGGAGCCCCGUCACACACUCAGGACACCGUCGCCCUUGUUUUCCUACGCAAUCUCAACAGUCGGGCUAUGGAAAGUCCAAUUAUAUUGUCCCGUUGUUGCCAUGAUGAAAGUAGAAAAUUCAAGCAGCAAUUCGGAUGAACGGUUGCAAUUCUCGCUCAAGUAUCACCAGCUAGAGGGUGUGAUCCAGUUUGGUUACAAGGUCAUAGCUCGAGAAAAGUGGGUUGACGUGAUGGUGAGCGUCGAUAACAUAAGAUGCGAUGUGAUCCAGCUGGUGCCUGAGACCCUAAUGGCGGAGAGAGGAGCUGGAGCAGCUGAAAAAUAUUUUCCUUCGCGGGUAUCCUUGCAACUCACCCCAACUUUCCAACCCCAUGUAUUAUCCGUAACGGUGAGCAAAUCAUCAGAUAACCCAACACGAGAGAUUGGCCUAGAGAAGACAAUUGAAGCUGGAUUUGAUCCCCCGAACUCUUACCUGGGACUAAAAGUUUCGGCCGCAGAGACUGUGACAUUGAGCUUGAAGCCAUGGAAAUUUGAGCAAUCUGUGCAUGGAAGCAGUGCAAAUUUGAAUUGGUUCCUCCAUGGCAGCAUAGACGGACGAGAAGUUUCGUCUAAAAAGCCUUCACUGUUGGAAUUGGUGCAGCCCAGGGCUUGGUUCAAGGACCGGUAUUCCAACGCCAAUCGGCCUUUUACCAGGCAAGGAGGAGUGGUUUUUGCAGGGGAUGAGUAUGGAGAGAGCGUGAGGUGGAAGUUGGAUAGAAGGGCCAUAGGGAAGACCUUGGAAUGGGAGAUUAAAGGGUCUAUAUGGUUAACUUAUUGGCCAAAUAAAUACAGGACAUUUUAUAGUGAAACUAGGAAAUUGGAGUUUAGAGAGAUCCUCCACCAUCUUCCUAUCUAAUCUAAAGCCAUAAAUAAUCCUGCCCAGCCCUGACACUAUAUUAUUGUAGUAUAUAUACAAAUAUUGGUAGAAAUAAUGUUGCCUGUAACGUAGCUUUUCUGAAAUUUCUUCUCCACUCGGCUCCUUCUGUCAUUUUAAUGUUUGGGCGAUUGCAUAGCCCUAGCCCCUAGCCCAACACCACUAGCGGUUGGGGUAACACAUGAACAUGAAAAAGAUCAAAACCCCAUCACGAUCUCAUACAAUCAUGGAAAAUGACACCAAAAAUUACAAUUACAUCCAAGUGCUAAUAGACUUGCUCUUUAGUUUAGAAUUGGCCCCCGGUUCUAGUCAUCAAAAUAAAAAAGAAAAAUUGGCCCGUUUCGAGCACAGAUUCUUCCGUGCGACAAACAAUUGACAAAACACCUUCAAAUGAGCCCUGUAUAUGCAUCUAAUAACAUGACUCACUGAGCCCAACAACAAGGUAAACUCUUUCUCACCUGAGUUUAAGUUUAACCAAGUAAAACAUAAAAAAUUGGUGCAAAUAUGUGCAAGGGAAUGGGAAUCACUCAUAUGUGAGUGUGAUUAGUUGAGAGGACUAGUUAGGUAAUUUUAUCUGAAGCAAAAUAACCAGCUUGUGGAUUUUAUACUUGCCUAGGCGCGUAAAUACGAGCAAAUGCCACUCCAUGCAAAGCCCUCCAAUCGCGCCAGCAAGUGACCAGAUAUCCCUCAUCUUCAACUUCAAGAGAAAGCUGCACAAAGCUAGGAAACAACAUAUCUGGUCGGCGCUUUCUUUAACCGGGAUUGAUAAUAAUGAAUAUACCACGAAGGGAGUGAAAACAGAGUAGCUUAGGCUUGGACACAGAUGACAGAUGUUUACAUAGUAUAUCACACAAACUGAAUUUUUUUAUAAGAAGGGUUUCUCUUGCCAACCCAGUUCAUUCAUGGUAACAGGUGAGACCAGGGGUGGCAGUAAAAGUCAGGGUACACAAAAUCUAGCCCUACCGUCCAUGACCUCUAAUGCCACAAAGUAAGGAAGACUAUAACUGUGGCUACCCGCACAACAAAAGCAGCCACCAAAGACUAGGGAAAAUAGUUUCAUUCUUUUAAUGCUUUUGUUUCUAACAAUUUUCUUCGCGGAAGGUUGCAUAAAGCAUGUGUAAGGGAAUAAUAUUUAAAAUCUACAUAUGUUAAAAGAGUUGAGUCAUCUUAUGUUUUGUCCUACAGGUGUCCUUAUGGAAACAAAAUUCAGGAUUACCUAUAUGAGGCAGCAAUAUAACCAAUACUUAAAAAUGAAAAAAAGGAUGAAUUAAAAGAUGUUACUGGCACUAUUAGGUUCUACAAUUCCCUGCAACUCGACGUGUUCAUU